AUGGAGAAGGCAUGGCACCAGGCGAACUCCUGCGAGGUACUCAGCCGGGAGGGGCAGCCUGGCACGGCGCCCAUGAAGAUGCUUUUCUCCGGCUAUCGCGCCAGCCUCAAGACCAAGGCCGCCGAGACCCUUGCCCAGCUGGCGACGCUGGAGGAUGCCGAGAAGACGGUUGAGGAGCGGCGCACCUUCUUGUACAACCAGGUGGUGACCAGCUACCACAAGGCUAAGAUCGAGCGAGCCGGCUUGGCUCGCGAGCUGGAGGCUGUCAAGGUUGAGGCCGCCAAGGUCCCGCAGCUGGAGUCGGAUCUCCGAGCCGCUCGCGCGCAGUGCGCCGAGAGCGAGGAGGCGGGCCGAUCUGCCGCCGGCAAGCUCAAGCUGGCUGAGCAGGAGCUGACGCGGCUGCGCCUGCUGGAGCAGAACCAUCUCACCGAGCUCAACUCCCUCAGGACGGCGGAGAAGGCGAAGGUGGAUGAUCUGAGCCGGCGGCUGACGGAGGUGGAGAAGCAGCGGCUUGCGCUGCAGGAGGAGGUCACCGCCAAGUCCACAGAGCUGACGGCUACCGCCAAACGUUGGACCGACGAUUUUAGCGCGCUUGAUCGCGGCUUGGGCCGCGAUUAA